AUGUCUAUCCCCCACUCCCUCCACGCACUCAAAUUUCCAAAACCAACAACCCACCCAACCCAACCUUCUUCUUCUAUAAAUAGCUCCUCUCCCUACUCUCCCCUUCCUUCAUUCACACAACACUCUUUUCAAUUCAAUCUACCCUUUCUCACCAUGGGAAACCUUCACCUCCUCCUCAUCGCCGCCGUCGCCAUACUCGCAGCCACCGCAGCCCUCCCGGCAAACGCCGCCGUGGCCGACAUCGUCACCCCGGCCUUCUUCAACGGCAUCAAGAACCAAGCACCCAACAGCUGCGCCGGGAAGAACUUCUAUACACGUGAAGCCUUUCUGCAAGCCGCAAACGCCUACCCCAACUUCGGCAACCGAGGAUCUCUCCCCGGUUCGAAGCGCGAGAUCGCGGCCUUCUUCGCCCACGUCACCCACGAAACCGGAAGCAUGUGUUACGUGGAGGAAAUCAACCGCGCGACUUACUGCGACCCGAGCCAGUACCCGUGCGCUCCGGGGAAGAAAUACUACGGCCGCGGGCCCCUUCAGCUGACGUGGAACUACAACUACGCGGUUUGCGGGCGGGCCAACAACUUUAACGGCGUCGGGGACCCGGACGUCGUGGCGAGGGACCCGGUGCUGGCGUGGAAGACGGCGUUGUGGUUUUGGAUGACAAAUGUACGCCCCGUCCUGCCGCAAGGGUUCGGAGCUACCAUCCGGAAGAUUAACGGGAUCGAAUGUAACGGCGGAAACGCGCCCGCCGUCAGGGCUCGGGCCGGCUCCAACUGCAAGGGAAAGCAUUUCUACACCCGGAGGGCGUUUCUCAAGGCUGCAAAGUCCUACCCUCGUUUCGGUCACCUCGAUUCCGUCGAGGAAUCCAAGCGCGAGAUUGCGGCCUUCUUCGCCCAUGUCUCCCACGAGACCGGAGACCUAUGCUACACGGAAGAAAUAGAACGAGGGACGUACUGCGACUCGUCGGCGGUAGCGAACCCGUGCGCUCCGGGGAGACAGUACUACGGCCGGGGCCCACUGCAGCUGUCGUGGAACUACAACUACGGGGAGUGCGGGAAGGCGAAUGGGUUCGACGGGCUGAGGAACCCGGACAUCGUGGCCAAGGAUCCGGUGGUGACGUGGAAGUCGGCGCUGUGGUUCUGGUCGACGAGCGUCCGUCCGACGGAGAGAAAAGGGUUCGGGGAGACGAUCCACAAGAUCAACGGGAUGGAGUGCAACCACGGCAACACGGAUGAAGUGGAGGAUCGGGUCAGGUAUUAUAGAGAGUACUGCAAGCAGUUGGGCGUCAGCCCUGGAAAUAAUAUCAGGUGUUGA